GUGUGGUGUCAUAGUGGUGGGGCUGGUGGGGGAUGGUCGGCGGCGGGGGACGCACGAUGGCGACAUAGGGGGCGGCCAGCAGGGGUGGCCGUUCGAGGCCAUGCUCAACAACCUCACGGCCACAGCUCUUGGAGGUCACAAAGAGCCGUGCCCAGAAGAGAAGCACGAUCUAAAGCCGGGCCUCGAGCGGCACCAUGCGCUCGGCGCUCGACUGCAUCUCGCGAACAUACGCCCCGACCUGCAAGGUGGCAUCCACCAGCAGCACAUGGCCACGGUGCCCGUCAGCAUGCCUUCAUCGGCCUCCGACAGCGACAAGCCAGCCAAGCAGAAGAGGCACCGGACCAGGUUCACGCCGGCGCAACUGAACGAGCUGGAGCGGUGCUUCUCCAAGACGCACUACCCCGACAUCUUCAUGCGCGAGGAGAUCGCCAUGCGCAUCGGCCUCACGGAGAGCCGAGUACAGGUGUGGUUCCAGAACCGUCGGGCGAAGUGGAAGAAACGCAAGAAGAGCACCAACGUGUUUAGAUCUCCGGGAUCUUUGUUACCAUCUCAUGGUCUCCCGCCGUUCGGAGGAGAUGUGUGUAGUCCUGGGGUCUUCGGAGAUAGACCGUGGAGCAUGCCUGCAGGGCUAGGCCAGCUCUCGCAGGGCGGCGUUUCCAUGGGUGGCUUCGGUGCCGGCGUGGGUGGCCUGCCCCAGCUCUCCGCCGACCUCAACCCGGCGCUACCCAUCUCCUCCGUGGCCUCCAGCCAGCCCUACCAGUCACACUACCCGCUCAACUCGCUGGGCGACACCAUGAUGUCGUACUGCAACAACAUCGGGCAGCAAGGCGGCGCGCUGGAAGGCUCCCCCACUCCCCCCCACAUGCACUGCGGGAACAACGCCUCGCCCACCGCUUCAGGAGCGGGCGGCGAAGGCGAAGAGGAGGUGUGGCGUGGGCACAGCAUCGCGGCGCUGCGCCGGCGCGCGUCCGAGCUCUCCGCCGCCAUCCCGCCGUAUCUGCAGCUCAAUUACGACGCCCAUAGCCCCGUUUACUGACCGCCCAGUCGAUAGAAAUGAUGCC